UUUUUUGUUUAAUGCGUCCUUCGGGAAUGUUUUUCCGAAAUCCGUCGAAUCCUUCUCAGGGUAUUCCGUGGCCACCUCAACAACAAACAACAAACCAACAUAGUAUGUUUCCUCCUCCUCCACCACCUCCUCCUAUGCCAAUAUUGGGAGCUAACGAAUCGAUGAUGUAUUCUAAUAUAAAUGGAGGGAUGCCUAUGUAUGAUCCAACAGGGAAUGGAAGAGUUUUAAUGAUGGGUCACUCCAACUUUGUUCCACCUGAACCACAUAGCAACAAUUCUUUAUCUCAGCACAACGGCAUUCCCACUUGUAUUCCGCAUGCUACUAAUCACACGCCGCUCAUAGGAGGAGCAGCAGCGACGGGAACACAUGGAACUCUAACAUGUUUAACAGGUCAUAUGACAGUUGCCCCUUAUGGAAAUCCUCAUGAUGCAGGAACAAGUUUUUCUUGUACACCAUCCUUAUCGACAUCUAUGCCAUUAGAUCCUGAUAGUGAUGAUGUGCUCAACGCAAGAGCCAAGAAAUGGCAACAAUUGAAUGCUCGAAGGUAUGCAGAGAAACAAAGGGUAAAAAUUUCUAGUGUUACCGAUUGUGCUAAAGAGGAUAUGCCACCAGAGCAUUUACGUAAAAUUAUGAAAGAUCAUGGAGAUAUGUCUAGCCGUAAAUUUCGUCAUGAUAAACGUGUUUAUUUAGGAGCUCUAAAAUAUGUUCCUCAUGCUGUUUAUAAGUUGUUAGAAAAUAUGCCCAUGCCGUGGGAGCAAGAGCAUACCGUGAAAGUGAUUUAUCAUAUAACUGGGGCUAUAACGUUUGUAAAUGAAAUUCCUUGGGUUGUGGAACCUAUUUUCCUAGCACAAUGGGGAACCAUGUGGAUCAUGAUGCGUCGUGAGAAACGAGAUCGGCGUCAUUUUAAACGAAUGCGUUUCCCACCUUUUGAUGAUGAAGAGCCACCUUUAGAUUAUGGAGAUAAUGUACUAGAUGUGGAACCUUUAGAAGCCAUUCAAAUGCCUCUAGAUGAAACAGAGGAUGCUCCUGUUCUUGAAUGGUUAUAUGAUCAUCAACCGUUGAAAUAUAAUUCUAAAUAUAUUAAAGGAACGCGUUAUCGCCAGUGGACAUUAGAUUUAGAUCAAAUCGCUGUACUUUAUCGUUUAGCUAAUCAACUUUUAUCUGAUUUGGUCGAUGAAAAUUAUUUUUAUCUUUUUGAUUUAAAAUCUUUUUAUACAGCCAAAGCUCUUAAUAUGGCCAUUCCUGGUGGACCUAAAUUUGAACCCUUAUAUCGCGAUAUGCAUGAAGAGGAUGAAGAUUGGAAUGAAUUUAAUGAUGUCAAAAAAAUUAUUAUUCGACAGCAAAUAAGAACUGAAUAUAAAAUUGCUUUUCCCUAUUUAUAUAAUAAUAGACCACGAAAUGUUGCCAUGAGUCGUUAUCACUCUCCUAUAUGUGCUUAUGUUAAAUCGGAGGAUCCCGAUUUGCCAGCAUUUUAUUUCGAUCCCAUCAUUAAUCCUAUUCCCGCGUAUAAAUUACACAAAGAUGCUCUACUGGACCCUGCCGAAAUUCUAGAUGAAGAAACCAUGGCAAAUUUCUCUUUACCCUCUACUAUGCAACCAUUUCUUGAGCAUGAACCCUUAAUGACAGAUGCUACCACCAACGGCAUAGCUUUAUAUUGGGCUCCUCGCCCUUUUAAUUUACGUUCUGGCCGAACACGACGUGCAGUGGAUAUUCCUCUUGUGCAAAAAUGGUUUCGAGAACAUUGUUCUGGAAAUCAUCCAGUCAAAGUUCGUGUGUCAUAUCAAAAAUUAUUAAAAUGUUGGGUAUUAAAUCAUUUACACUCAAGACGACCGCGAGCUCAAAAAAAACGUUAUCUUUUUCGUGUUUUUAAAAGUACAAAGUUUUUUCAAUGUACUGAACUUGAUUGGGUUGAAGUAGGCCUUCAAGUGUGUCGUCAAGGCUAUAAUAUGUUAAACUUGUUAAUUCAUCGUAAAAAUUUGAAUUACCUUCAUUUAGAUUUCAAUUUCAAUUUGAAACCUAUCAAAACAUUAACAACAAAAGAAAGAAAAAAAUCUCGCUUUGGAAACGCUUUUCACUUAUGUCGUGAAAUUUUACGGCUUACCAAACUUCUGGUUGAUUCACAUGUUCAGUAUCGUUUAGGAAAUGUAGAUGGUUUUCAAUUAGCUGAUGGAUUACAGUAUAUUUUCUCUCAUGUGGGGCAAUUAACAGGAAUGUAUCGUUAUAAAUAUCGGUUAAUGCGUCAAGUUCGCAUGUGUAAAGAUUUGAAACAUUUAAUAUAUUACCGAUUCAAUACAGGACCCGUUGGUAAAGGUCCUGGAUGUGGUUUUUGGGCUCCUGGAUGGAGAGUUUGGAUAUUUUUUCUUCGUGGGGUAGUUCCUUUAUUAGAACGUUGGUUAGGCAAUUUGUUAUCCCGACAAUUUGAAGGAAGAGUAUCAAAAGGCAUCGCCAAAACCGUUACAAAGCAACGGGUUGAAUCCCAUUUUGAUUUAGAACUUCGUGCUGCUGUGAUGCAUGAUAUUGUCGAUAUGAUGCCUGAAGGAGUUAAGGCUAAUAAAGCAAGAACCAUUUUACAGCAUUUAAGUGAAGCAUGGAGAUGUUGGAAGGCCAACAUACCUUGGAAAGUUGCUGGGCUUCCUGCUCCCAUUGAAGCCAUGAUAUUACGUUAUGUAAAAAUGAAAGCGGAUUGGUGGACCAAUGCAGCUUAUUAUAGUCGAGAACGUAUUAAACGUGGGGCAACUGUUGAUAAAACUGUCUGUAAAAAAAAUUUGGGGCGAUUAACACGUUUAUGGCUUAAGGCAGAGCACGAACGUCAGCAUAGUUAUUUAAAAGAUGGUCCUUAUGUGAGUGGUGAAGAAGCUGUUGGCAUAUAUACGACAGCUGUACAUUGGCUGGAAAGUCGUAAAUUUACGCAUAUACCUUUUCCUCCCCUCAAUUAUAAACAUGACACCAAAUUAUUGAUUCUUUGUUUAGAACGUCUUAAAGAAACGUAUAGUGUAAAAUCGCGCUUGAAUUCAACACAACGUGAAGAACUAGGAUUGAUUGAAGAAAACUAUGAUAAUCCUCAUAAAGGUUUAUCCCGCAUUAAACGUCAUUUAUUAACUCAAAGAGCCUUUAAAGAAGUUUCCAUUGAAUUUAUGGAUCUUUAUAGUCAUCUAAUUCCCGUUUAUGAAAUUGAUCCUUUAGAAAAAAUCACUGAUGCUUACUUGGAUCAAUAUCUUUGGUAUGAAGCCUCCAUACGACAGCUGUUUCCCAACUGGGUCAAACCUUCUGACAAUGAACCCCCGCCUUUGCUUAUUUACAAAUGGUGUGAAUGUAUUAACAAUUUACAAGACGUAUGGAAAGUCGAUGAUGGAACAUGUGUUGUUUUGAUGGAAUCCAAGUUCGAAAAGGCCUAUGAAAAAAUUGAUUUAACAUUAUUAAAUCGAUUAUUAAGACUUAUUGUGGAUCAUAAUAUUGCAGAUUAUAUUACAGCUAAAAAUAAUGUCACGAUUUCUUUUAAAGAUAUGAAUCAUAUUAAUUCUCUCGGGUUGAUUCGUGGCUUACAAUUUUCUUCUUUUGUUUUCCAAUUUUACUUUCUUAUAAUUGAUUUACUUUUGUUAGGAUUAACGCGUGCUUCAGAAAUCGCAGGACCGCCCAGUUUGCCGAAUCAAUUUUUAACAUUUAUUGAUGUCGCCACGGAAAUACGCCAUCCUAUACGUUUAUAUACACGUUAUAUUGAUCGUUUUUGGAUACUUUUCCGUUUUAGUAAAGAGGAAGUACGAGAUUUAGUUCAAAGAUAUUUAACUGAAAAUCCUGAUCCCAAUAAUGAAAAUGUUGUUGGAUACAAUAAUAAAAAAUGUUGGCCAAGAGAUUGUCGAAUGCGAAGAAUGAAACAUGAUGUCAAUUUAGGCCGCGCCACUUUUUGGGAGUUAAGAAACCGGUUACCCCGCUCCGUCACUUCUUUAGAAUGGGAAAAUUCUUUUGUUUCCGUGUAUUCAAUAGACAAUCCCAAUUUAUUAUUUAAUAUGUGUGGUUUUGAAAUUCGACUUUUACCUAAGAUUCGAUCUUUAGAAGAAGAAUUCACUCAAGGCGAAGGUGUUUGGAAAUUACAAAAUAAUAGUACAAAGGAAACAACAGCUCAAGCAUUUUUAAGAGUUGACGAUGAAGGAAUGAAAAAAUUCGAAAAUCGCGUUAGACAAAUUUUAAUGUCCUCUGGAAGUACCACUUUUACAAAAAUUGUGAAUAAAUGGAACACAACAUUGAUUGGUUUGAUGACUUAUUAUCGUGAAGCUGUGAUUUAUACCGAGCCGCUACUUGAUUUACUUGUCAAAUGUGAAAAUAAAAUUCAAACACGUAUUAAAAUCGGUUUAAAUAGUAAAAUGCCUUCUCGGUUUCCUCCAGUUGUUUUUUACACACCAAAAGAACUUGGUGGAUUGGGAAUGUUAUCCAUGGGACAUAUUCUAAUUCCUCAAUCCGACUUGCAUUAUUCCAAACAAACGGAAACGGGAAUAACACAUUUUCGAGCAGGAAUGAGUCAUGAAGGAAACCAGCUUAUACCUAAUUUGUAUCGUUAUAUUCAAACAUGGGAAUCGGAAUUUUUAGAUUCACAACGAGUCUGGGCAGAAUAUGCUUUAAAACGUCAAGAAGCCAAUUCACAAAAUCGUCGUUUAACAUUAGAAGAUUUAGAGGAUUCGUGGGAUCGUGGUGUGCCUCGUAUUAAUACAUUAUUUCAAAAAGAUCGUCAUACAUUAGCUUAUGAUAAAGGAUGGAGAGUUCGUCAAGAAUUCAAACAAUACCAAAUGCUGCGAACAAAUCCAUUUUGGUGGACGCAUCAACGUCAUGAUGGUAAAUUAUGGAAUUUGAAUAAUUAUAGAACUGAUAUGAUUCAAGCACUUGGAGGAGUUGAAGGAAUAUUAGAACAUACAUUAUUUAAAGGAACUUAUUUCCCGACAUGGGAAGGUUUGUUUUGGGAGAAGGCUUCUGGAUUUGAAGAAUCCAUGAAAUAUAAGAAAUUAACAAAUGCUCAACGAAGUGGUUUGAAUCAAAUUCCUAAUCGACGGUUUACUCUAUGGUGGUCACCUACAAUUAAUCGAGCGAAUGUGUAUGUUGGUUUUCAAGUUCAAUUGGAUUUAACGGGUAUUUUCAUGCAUGGAAAAAUCCCGACAUUAAAAAUUUCUUUGAUUCAAAUUUUCCGAGCCCAUUUAUGGCAAAAAAUUCACGAAUCCAUUGUUAUGGACUUAUGCCAAGUUUUUGAUAUGGAACUGGAAGCCUUAGAAAUAGAAAUGGUUCAAAAAGAGACGAUUCAUCCUCGUAAAUCGUAUAAAAUGAAUUCUUCGUGUGCGGAUGCCUUGUUGUUUGCUGCUUAUAAAUGGCCUGUGACAGCGCCAUCUCUUUUAUUCGAUAACGAUUCGACUCAUGUGGCGGGCAAAACGACAACGAAAUUUUGGUUAGAUGUUCAAUUACGUUGGGGGGAUUAUGAUAGCCAUGAUAUUGAAAGAUAUUGUCGAUCUAAAUUUUUAGAUUACACAACUGAUAAUAUGUCCAUUUAUCCUUCACCUUCUGGACUUCUUUUAGGUGUUGACUUAGCUUAUAAUUUACAUUCAGGUUUCGGUUGUUAUAUUCCCGGUAUUAAACCCUUGUUACAACGUGCUAUGAACAAAAUUAUGAAAGCUAAUCCUGCCAUGUACGUUUUACGAGAACGAAUCCGUAAAGGAUUGCAAUUAUACUCAUCGGAACCAACGGAGCCUUAUUUGAAUUCUCAAAAUUAUGGUGAAUUGUUUUCUUCACAAACUGUUUGGUUUGUUGAUGAUACGAACGUUUAUCGUGUAACAAUUCACAAAACAUUUGAAGGAAAUUUGACAACAAAACCAGUGAAUGGCGCUAUUUUUAUAUUUAAUCCAAGAACUGGUCAACUUUUCUUAAAAGUUAUUCAUACAUCUGUCUGGGCAGGCCAAAAACGUUUAUCACAAUUAGCGAAAUGGAAAACAGCUGAAGAAGUUGCUGCUUUAAUUCGUUCUCUUCCUGUUGAAGAACAACCUAAACAAAUCAUUGUAACAAGAAAAGGAAUGUUAGAUCCUUUAGAAGUUCAUUUACUUGAUUUUCCGAAUAUUGUUAUUAAAGGCUCUGAAUUACAAUUACCAUUUCAAGCUGCCAUGAGAUUAGAAAAAUUUGGUGAUCUUAUCUUAAAAGCAACACAACCCGAAAUGGUUCUCUUCAAUCUGUUUGACGAUUGGUUAAAAUCCAUAUCUUCUUUCACUGCUUUUUCUAGAUUAAUUCUUAUUUUACGGGCACUUCAUGUGAAUCCAGAUCGAGCCAAAGUUAUUUUAAAACCAUCCAAAGCUACCAUUACACAAUCUCAUCAUGUUUGGCCUACAUUAACAGACGAAGAAUGGAUUCAAGUAGAAGUCGCUUUAAAAGAUUUAAUUCUUGCUGAUUAUGGAAAAAAAAAUAAUGUUAAUGUUGCUAGUUUAACACAAUCUGAAAUUCGAGAUAUCAUUUUAGGUAUGGAUAUUGCACCGCCUAGUCUUCAAAGGCAACAAAUACUCGAUAUUGAACAACAAGCAAAAGAUGCUGCUACUGCUACGUCCGCUUCCAAUCAGCUGACAGCAGUCACCACUAAAACAACCAAUGUUCAUGGUGAUGAAAUCAUCGUCACAACCCAAUCUCCUCAUGAACAAACUGUAUUCUCUUCUAAAACGGAUUGGCGUAUUCGCGCAUUAUCUGCUUCCACACUUCAUCUAAGGAUGGCUCAUAUUUACGUCACUUCUGAUAACGUUCGUGAAGUCGGAUAUACGUAUAUUGUUCCAAAAAACAUUCUGAAAAAAUUCAUAUGUUCUGCUGAUUUACGUACAAAAAUUGCCGGACUUCUUUAUGGAACAACACCAUCUGAUAACUCUCAGGUUCGUGAGAUUCAUUGUAUUGUUUUACUACCUCAAGUGGAAUCCCAUGGAUCAGUUUCUUUCCCAUCUCAGUUACCUAAUCAUGAGGCGUUAAAUGAGUUAAAACCAUUAGGAUGGAUUCAUACGCAACCUUCUGAAAUAUUACAAUUGAAUCCUAUAGACGCUCUAACUCAUUCUAAAUUUUUAUCUCAAAAUCCUCAAUGGGAUCCACAAACGUCUGUUAUUAUGACAUGCUCCUUUACCCCUGGCUCUUGCUCUCUUACAGCGUAUAAAUUAACCCCCUUAGGUUAUCAAUGGGGAAAAGCGAAUCGUGAUUCAGGUCCUAACCCAACUGGUUAUGCAGCGAAUCAUUAUGAAAAAGUUCAAAUGCUUCUUUCGGAUGUUUUUAUGGGAUUCUUUAUGGUUCCAGACAAUGGAGUGUGGAAUUACAAUUUUAUGGGAGUUAAAUUUUCUUCGUCUUUAAAGUAUAAUUUGAAUAUUGCUAAUCCAAUAUCUUUUUUCCACGAGCUUCAUCGACCCACGCAUUUCUUACAAUUUGCCUCAAUGGACAACACUGCUGAAGAUGAACUUCAAGAUAAAGAAAAUGUUUUUGCGUGAGAAACUGCUUCCUGCUUUCAAUUACGACUUUUUUUUUAAAUCUAUUUCGUUAACGCUAUAUCACAUAAAGAUUUGCUAAUUCGUUUAAAUCAAUAGGUAAUAUGUUCCCUCGGCGUAAAACCGUUACUUUUUUGUUCCUUUUUUUUUUCUUUCCUUCGUUAAAAUAUAAUUUUGGUCCUUCCUUCACAUCGACCAUUAUGCUCAAUGACGCAUAACAUUAAAAAACAAUUGUUUCUUUUUCUCUGUAUA